AUGCCCGCGCACACUUUUGCCGCUUUGGACUACGUGGUGCUGGUUUCUCUGCUGGCGCUGUCGGCUGCAAUCGGCGUGCUGUUCGCCUGGCGUGACCGUCGAAAGAACAACAAUAGACAGUUCCUUACGGCCAACCGUGAGCUCAGCUGGGUUCCGGUAUCUAUGUCAAUGAUGGCGAGUUUCCUUUCGAGCACGUCAGUGCUUGGCUUGCCUUCGGAAGUGUUCGUGCGUGGUUCGACUAUGUGGACAGGAGCGAUAGGGACAACUCUGGCGAUCCUCAUGGCUGCGUUCAUUUUUAUGCCCAUGUACUACAAGAUGGACAUCACCAGCAUCAACGAGUAUCUUGAGAAGAGGUUCACAUCACGGGCCGUCAGAAAGAUCGGAUCAAUAAUUUUUAUCGUACACACGAUGAUAUACCUAGGUGUUGCGUUAUACGGUCCUUCACUGGCUCUUGGAUCUGUGACUGGUUUACCGGUAUGGUCAUCGAUACUCGUGAAUGGGGCUGUCUGCACAUUCUAUACGUCCAUAGGUGGUAUCAAAGCGGUUGUAUGGACCGACGUCAUCCAAGUGAUCCUCAUAUUCAUUGCAUACAUCAUGGUCAUCGCAUGCGGUUUGCAUCACUUGGGAGGCUUCGGAGUCAUGUGGCAGAACGCGAGGAAUGGAGGACGCGUGAUAUUUACUAAUUUUGACACAAGCCCUUACGAGACGUACACUACGUGGUCAAUGAUUCUUGGCUUUACGGUCACGUUGAUGGGCAUGUACUGCGCCAACCAGACACAAGCGCAGCGUUAUACUAGCAUUGGAUCCCUGAAAGGAGCCCGGAAAGCACUGAUGCUAAACGUCCCAGGCAUGGCGCUUAACAUGAUAUUGGCUGUGCUGUCCGGACUGACUCUGUACGCCGUGUACGGGCGGUGCGAUCCCAGGCUUACUGGAGACAUCCGCAAAGCAGAUCAGCUCAUGCCUUAUAUCAUUCAAGACCUGCUUUACGAGUAUCCUGGUCUCUGCGGUUUAAUGGCAGCUGCUGUCUACAGUAGCUCGCUCAGCACGCUCUCAUCCGGGUACAACUCUCUAGCCGCUGUGACGUGGGAAGACUUUCUGCGCCCUUGCGUGAAAACUUCUGAAUCAUCUGCUCUGCGGAUAACUAAGGUGACUGCUGCUACGUACGGGAUUCUUUCAAUGUCGAUAGCCUUCCUCGUCGGGACCAUGGAAUCUAUCAUGCAGGCUGCCUCAUCACUCGGAGGUGCUUUGUGUGGUCCACGAGUCGCCAUCUUUACGUUGGGCUUGCUUUUUCCGUGCUGCAAGAAAAAGGGUGUCAUCGCUGGAACUGUAGUGGCACUGAUUGUCACCACUUGGAUGGCACUUGGAUCCAUACUGUACCCGCGAAGACGCCACGCCCUGCCCACGACCACUGAGGGGUGCUCGCAUUUCAACGAGACCGUUACAUCUGGAUCGUUUGACCCUCCGCCCCAUCCGAGUGGGAUCAACCAGCUUUACCACAUCUCUUUCAUGUGGUUCGCCUUCGUAGGAUUUAUCGUACACAUGAUCGUCGCACUGGCCGUGAGUCUAGUCUUCGAACGGAGCAAGUCGGACUACGUGGAUCCCGCCUACGUGUAUCCACCAGUGCGCAAAUACAUGGGGAGCAGCCUGAUCCGAAGGAACGGCAGCCAAAGCCAGCUCAAGGAGGCCUUGUCAGUGAACACAUCGUCACCGAAGGAGCUCAAGGCACUGAUCUCAGAGCUUGACCAGAGCACUUGA